CAAAUUUCUUUUUCAUAACCAUCAUUUUAGAGAGAGAGAGAGAGAAAGAGAGAGAUGGAGAUGGAACUUGGAGGUAAUGGAGGCUUCCAUGGCUACCGCAGACCCCCUCAAACAUCCUCUGGAAUGAAACUGGAUAUGAAGCUGCCUGAGAUCAAUAACAAUAACAACAACAACAACUACUACUACCACCGCUCAGCCACCACCGAUGACAACGAAUGCACCGUGCGCGAGCAAGACCGGUUCAUGCCAAUCGCCAAUGUCAUCCGAAUCAUGCGCAAAAUCCUACCUUCACAUGCCAAAAUAUCGGACGAUGCCAAAGAAACAAUCCAAGAGUGCGUGUCAGAGUUCAUCAGCUUCAUCACAGGCGAGGCGAAUGAGCGUUGCCAGAAAGAGCAGCGAAAGACCAUCACUGCCGAGGAUGUCCUCUGGGCGAUGAGCAAAUUGGGAUUCGAUGACUACAUUGAACCCCUCACUCUGUACCUUAACGGCUAUCGUGAGUUUGAGGGUGAUCGCGGGUCCUUAAGGGGCGAGCCCUUGACCAUGGUUAAGAGGCCCGGUGAAUUGGGUGGGUUGGCUUUUGCACCUGCGCCGUUUCACUUGAGUCAUCACCAUGGUUUCUUUGGAUCAGCAGCAGCAAUGGGUGGGUUUUUUAAGGAUGCAUCGAAUGCAGGUUCGUCACAAGCUGCAAUGGCUAGCGUUGAACACUAUGUCCAGGCUCACAAGUGAAUAAGAAAUUGGUAUGAGAAUCCUAGAUCUGAAGGGAUCAAAUGAAGAAAACUUUGGUUCUGUUAAGUGGUUAAUUCAGGUGAUGUUUGGGGUCUUUUUUUAUUUUUUAUUUUAUUUAAGGUUGGUUAUUGUGUAAGCACAACUAAGGUGCCUUUGUCAUGCAUGCAAAAUAUUGCGGCUUUUAAUCAAGUGCUCCUUAUUUCAAGUUACAAAGGCCUUG